AUGCCGAAAUUCAAAUCAAAAAUUGAGAAAGUUGAUGGCUCCUCAGACAGUAAUCAGAAUUCGGAAAACGAAGUGUCUGGACUGAAUUCUUCCGAAGAAGAUGUUGAUUUCGAUAGGCCAACGAUCAAACCACCUGAUCCUGAAGGUGCAAACAAACGAAAGAAAGAUGCUAAAAGAGAUAGGGGUAGACGCAAAAGAAACUUAACGCCUGAAAGAGGUCUGCAAAAGGCAUCGAAAUUUGAUUACAAACGUGAGAAACUGAAGAGUGAGAGCCCAAGUGAGAAACGAAGGAAACCCGCACAGAACUGGAGAAACAUUAAUUUGUACGAUACGAAAAGAAAGGACGCUCGAGGAGACUUCGAUAGCGGAAAAAUGAAAACAGAUCGUAGAUAUCCAGACGAUAGGGAUAGAAAAGACAGAAAGGCAUACAGACAUCAUAGAAAUGAAGUUGGUCGGAGAGAUAAGGCAGAUGAUAGGAGAAGAUUACAGAACGACAAGUCACAUAGAAGUGACCGAGAUAAAGGAGGCCAUAAUCGUAAGAUGUCCGAGUCUGAACCCUCGAAGUCGGCCGAAUCAUUCACAACGGAGGAUCAAAGAGAGGCAAGGGAGGAGCUUAAGCGGAUUGAAAGACGAAUAGCAGAGUUAAAAAGGACGGAGAUGACCGACGCAGACAUGGACGACUCAGUAGCCAGCAGACUGGACAUUGAGAGCAGGAAGAUGGAGUUGAAGGCGGCCACUGCCUCUGCUGCCUCAACCAAGGCCAGUCUGCUCAUAGACGCCGAAGUGGAGGAUGUGAGUGCCUCUGAGUCAGACAGAAGCAGCUCCAGCUCAACACUCGAACAAACAGGUACCAAUAAAGCAAGUGCAGUAACAAUGCAGAACCAGGAUACAACAGCUGAUGAGUCAAUGAGCUCAGAACCCGAUUCCGAUGAUGACUACGAGGACGGACGACCGAGACUACUACCAGCUGCAUAUACAUCCAAAUUCGACAACCUAGAUGAUGGUCUAGAUUCACCCGAGAAAGAAAAGAAAAAACGCAAAAUUAAAUCAAGCUCAAAGAACGCAAGUCAGGCUAAUAGCCCUAACAGAAGUGAGUUAUCUGCUUCCACUGUGAGCAGAGAAAUUAAAACUGAAGUAAUUGCUCCAAAGGAAAUAUUACCUGUACCUCACAUUAAAAUAAUUCAGCCCGAAAAAGAGCAGCCGAUUUUACCAGUUUACUUACCAGCCUUGCAAGGUUGCAGAAGUGUUGAUGAGUUUAAACACAUGAACAAGAUUGACGAAGGGACUUACGGUGUGGUCUAUAGAGCACAGGAUCUGCGAACCAAUGAGAUAGUUGCGCUUAAGAGGCUGAAAAUGGAAAAGGAACGAGAAGGAUUCCCAAUUACGAGUUUGAGAGAGAUCAAUUGUCUUUUGAAGUCGCAACAUCCAAACGUGGUUCCUGUGAGGGAGAUUGUAGUGGGCAGUAAUAUGGAUAAGAUCUACCUGGUGAUGGAUUAUGUAGAACAUGACCUGAAGGCGUUAAUGGAGACUAUGAAGCAGCCUUUUCUGACUGGAGAGGUCAAAACCAUCAUGAUGCAACUCCUAGAAGGAGUCAGACAUUUGCACGACAACUGGAUCCUUCACAGAGAUUUGAAAGCGUCCAAUUUGCUCUUCAGUCAUAAAGGCCAGCUUAAAAUAGGGGACUUCGGCCUUGCUCGAGAAUAUGGCAGUCCUCUGAAACCGUACACCCCAAUAGUAGUCACGUUGUGGUACCGAGCACCGGAGUUGCUGCUCGGUACUAAACUGUAUUCCAAACCCAUCGAUAUGUGGAGCGUGGGCUGUAUUUUUGGUGAGUUACUCACUCAGAAGCCGAUGUUUGCGGGAAAAAGUGAGACGGAACAGCUGAAUCAGAUUUUCAAGGAACUGGGAACCCCGAAUGAGAAGAUCUGGCCCGACUGGCCUAAUUUACCGAUGGUGAAAAAAAUUGUGUUCACAGAGUAUCCCUACAACAACCUCAGAAAUAAGUUCGGGACAUCUUUAACAGAGAAAGGAAUUGCACUUCUGAAUGGAUUUUUGACUUUCGAUCCCAACCGAAGAUUAACAGCAGCAGAAUCGUUGAAACACGAGUUCUUCAGAGAGAGUCCAAAACCAGUAGAUCCUUCUCAGUUCCCCACCUGGCCCGCUAAAAGUGAAGGGGGCGUGGCAAAGGAUAAAAAACUGGCCAGUCCCAAAGCACCAGAAGGCGGAGAUGCCUAUAACAGGCUGGUGGCAAAUGAAGAUACUGACUUCGGGUUCCAGUUGACAAACGCAACAGCUGGACUGGCAAAGAGGGGCUCAGGAUUCACAUUGAAGUUUUAAUAUAAUGGACUGCAUAAAACUUAACAGUUGAUUUUGUUUUUUUUUCUCAACUUGCUAUCGAUAUACUAGAAAUUAUUAGUUUGAUAUUUGA